AUGAAUUUUAUCUCCAGUUUUAAAGAUAAAUUCAAUCGAAUAUUUGUCAAGAAGUUGACCGCCAAUGAAGAUGAUGUCCGCCAGUCGUUGUCUUCGUCGUUGAGCACAUCUGUGUCAUUGAAUAGCGAGACUUCUGAUGAUUUUAAAGAAUGUGAACGAGUCGUCGAUGACAGUCAAGUUGUCGUUGAAGAUGACAACAAUCGUAACGAUAAUACUAUUAUUGUUAAAAAGCAGUGUCUUUGGGCGGACACCGUUGACGACAAUCAGUUACUUAAUGAAGACUAUGACAUCAAGAUUACUGAGAAUUGGCAGCCAAGGGUUCGCAAUGAUUGGUAUGAUUUACAGAUAAUGGACAGCGAUUCCAGCUGUUCCUCACCAAAAAUGGCGCCAAACAAUAGAUCUAAAAAGGCGUGGAAUAAGAAUAAAGAUGUGAAUCGUUUGUUAGAGAAAUGGGGCGAAAGUGUCGGCAUAUUUGAUAGGAUUACCGGCUCUCAGAAACGUUUGGUCCAAUUGAAAGAUUUGCACAACUAUUUUGAAGUAAAGUUAUCGUCACUAAACAGUUCCGAUUGUCUGUUAUUGUGUUCACUGAUUAACGAUCGGUAUCCGCGCUUCUAUACCUCAACGGUAAACUAUUACCAGAGAUGGCGAAUGCGAUACAAUUUGUUUGUCGCUUCCGAUACAAUGAUUCAAACGGGAGAAAGAAAAGAGACGCCGAUAUCUGCCGGCGAUUCGGUGUCCAAUAUUGAUGGCCGACAAUUGGUUUUACAUAUCGGCGAAAUUCAUCUGUACUUUGAUAUUGUGCCCAAAUAUUGUCAACCGGUUUACGUGAAUAGCUCUUUCUAUGCAAACAAAUUGCCAAUCAAUGACUUGACCGGUGUUUUCAUCAACGAGAUGGUAAUGAACAGAAUUACACGUAUAGUCAACUCUAUUCGCUACUCGAAAGACAUCUUUCAAUUCAAGUUUCCUCUCAGUGAAGACAUGUUUCACCACAAGAAUCACUUGUUUCACAAGUUUCUCGAAAGACAAAUGGAAUUCAUCGACGAGUCUGUCAAAGUGUUUCGUAAAAGCGAACAAAAGAAAAGAGAUCACAAUUGGAAUCAACGACAGACCAAACAGUCUGCGUCGUCCGGAUCCAGGUUUGAGGUCAGAGAUCACUUUGGCUUUGAUUACGACAUCAAACACAAGAUGUCCAACAUUGACCUGACAUGUGGUAACGUCGGAAGUGUCAGUGGUAUUGAUUCUGUAAAUAAAUCUGGAAAUUCUGGUCGUAGAAAUCGUGGUCGAAAGGCCAAGUCAUCGUCAGCAGCCAUCACUGCCACGAAUGCCAUGAAUUAUCAGUUCAAAUCCAACAAUAGCCUCAAUAAUACUGGCCAUUAAGUGAUGGACUGUUUCCUCACUCUCGCUGACCAUUAAUGGCCUU